GGCAUUCGGGAAUAUAAACACCUGAGUUCAAAAUAUCACUGUGUGAUCGCCUAUAUUAUCAAGAGCAAAUAUUUAAGCAAAUCCUCCCGCUAUGUACGUUUCGAGGUUUAAAUCUAGGACGUAAGCACAGAAGGACAAUGGGAAAGCUGAAGAUUCUCUUCACUGCUCUGUCAGUGGCAGUGCUGGGAUUGGCAUAUCAUCUUUACACACCAAUGCCACCGGAAGCGGAAGAACCUUACCAGCAGAUGGCGUUUUUGGCAAAAUUCAAAUUAAUUAGGACAUUUAUCUCUGUCUUAGAUAACUUAGGAGGGAACGGUUUAGGAGUGUUCAGAAAGUUAAGGUCCGCUAAACUUGACAUUGAUCCGGCCGACACUGUUACGUCUGUGGACGACACAUUUGAUGGUGUAGAUGUACGAGUAUACAGACCCAAAAACCAAAAAAGUGACGAAAUUCUUCCAGCACUCGUGUUCUAUCAUGGAGGAGGAUGGGUGUUUGGGUCUAGAGAUUCCCAUGACCCUGUAAUGAGAAGAUUUGUUAGACAGAAGAGGAUGGUUGUGGUCUCUGUUGAGUACCGAUUAUCUCCCGAAUUUCCUUUCCCUGUUCCCAUAGACGAUUGUGUAACAGCGACGAGUCAUUUUCUGCGUCACAGCAAGACUUAUAGAGCUGAUCCAAAGAGGAUAGGUGUCAUGGGUGACAGCGCUGGUGGAAAUUUGGCUGCCGCAGUGGCACUGAGACUGCUGGGUCCUGAUUUUGUCGACCUUCCAAAGAUAAAAGUCCAGGUUCUAAUUUAUCCGGCUCUGCAGGCCUUCCAAUUUCUAUCCCCUGCCUACAUUAAAUACGCGGGAAAUUCUGUUCCCGGGUUACUUAAUGCUGAAACAAUGUGCGAAUUCUGGUUAAGAUAUGCCUAUGGGCACGACUACAUCAAAACGAAUCAUUUAGAUUUGUUAGCUGGCAAACACCUUACGUCGGAAUGGUUGAAUUCAAAAGAAGCCAAAUAUUUAGAUAUCACAAUUUUACCUGAAAAGUUACGCGGAAGUUACAGUGCUACCCCAGAUUCUGUUAAGAACGAAACUUUAUCGAAGUUGAUAAAGCCUGUGUUUUUUAAUCCUUCUUUUGCGCCUUUAAUGGCAGAUGAUCAAAGUAUACGUAGAUUGCCAAACACGUACAUAUUGACUGCAGAAUUUGAUCCCUUACGUGAUGAUGGGUUUUAUAUGACAAAGAGAUUACAAACGAUGAGCAAAAAGGUAGAGCACAGACAUUUUACUGGAAUGGACCAUGGAUUCCUGUCUGUCCCGACCUAUCAAAAUGGUUUAAAAGCUGUUGUGGAAAUUUGUGAAUAUCUUAAUAAAGAGUUGUGAUAUA